AUGCCCUCUGAUAUCGACGUCGAACGUCAGAGCACAUCUUUUGUCGGUGUCCGCGAGAAUUACACAGUCGUAAUUUGUGUAGUAUAUCUACUAAUAGGCACAACGUCAAUACUCUCCAAUAUUUUCAAUAUCUAUGUCUUUGGUCGGAAGAAAUCACUUCGAAGGAAACACGUCGUGUUCUUAUUUCUAGAAGCUGCAGAGAUUGUUAACGGCUUUGCGUACAUCGUUACCGGUGCUGGACGACUUGUUUCAACAGCAAACGGUCACUUGCGAAGCCAAAUCACCGUUGAAGAGUGCUUUUUCACGAAACCAUGGCCAGUUAUUUUGCUCGUGGGCACGCAACUCCCAGCACUGAUUGUCAUCUUCGCCUCAAUUGAACGCACGAUCGCCGUACAUCAACCUAGUCGCUACUAUCGAACCUGGAACUAUCGAUACAAGCUGAAGCGACUCUUUUUGGUCAUCGUCGUUCAGAUGGUGUCAAUUUUUGUCGCCGCCAGCUCGUCGUUUGGGCUGCACUCGGUGAAUCCCUCGCAGCAUUGCACAAUUAUCAUGUCUACUCACAUCGCCUACUGUACUACUCAUUUCUUGUUCGUGGUACUUGCAUACGCGAUCAGCUUCGUGACGUUGCUGUCAAUCUUUCGGAGCAAAAAGGGUUACAACAGGGUGAAUUCAUCAUCACUUCGACGUUGGCAAGUGUUCAAAAAGGAAUCGAAUCUUCGAGUGCUCAUGAUGACGUCAUUGAUGUGUGUGGUGUUUAUGUCCAUCCCGGCAUUGACAAGUAUUCUAAUCCGAUGGAACUUUGUCGAAAGCAGCGAUAUUGUCCUUGGAAUAUCAAUAGUGCCUCCGGGGAUGAUAUCGAUCGGGACAACCAUUGUGAACUGUGUUUUCCAUAAUGAAUACCGUGCACAUGUGCUCCGAAUAUUUUGCCCAUCCAAUGAUGAGAAAAGUACGGUUAGAAAUAUUGGAACCGGCGAAGUGUUUCCAGAAAAUGAGCCCACGCAUGCGAAUCCGCUUAUACUCGUGAAAGACGCACGAUUGGAAUUCACGAUCGAUAAUGAUGUUUUGCUGUAG